AUGGAGGAGGUUCAUGGGUUUGUAUAUUGGAAAGGAAAUCCUGCCAACAAAGACAAUCAUGGUGGAUUUAGAGCUGCGAGAUUCAUCUACUUUAUGGUUGUGAUGAUGAACGUAACAUACGCAUCAAAUGUACUUAACUUGGUAACAUACCUUCGAGGAACCAUGCACAUGGACGUCGCAACGUCUUCAACCACUGUCACUAACUUCAUCGGUGUAUCUUGCGCGUGUGCAUUAAUCGGAGGAUUUCUCUCAGAUUCGUAUAUCACAAGGUUUAAGACUAUACUAAUAUUCGGGCCUCUGGAGUUCUUGGGGUUCGGAUUACUAGCACUGCAAGCAUAUCUUCCGUCACUUCAACCACCACCAUGUGAUAUUUCUUCACGAUUUAGCAACUGCAAGCAAGUUCAGGGAAACCAUGCUGCUUUACUCUACAUAGCACUGUACAUUACUGCUUUCGGGGAAGGUUGUCUGAGAGCAAACCUGGCAUCCUUCGGAGGAGAUCAAUUUGAUGACAACGACCCGAGCGAGCUACAGAAAAAGUCUAAAUUUUUCAACUGGUUUACCUUCAGCAUCUCACUUGGUGCACUUAUGGGUUUAACUUUCGUUGUUUGGAUUCAAAACAAUAAAGGAUGGGGUGUUGGUUUCGCUGUAUCUUCUGCUAUUAUUCUACUAGGGUUGUUGGUUUUCGCUUUCGGUUUCUCUCUUUUCCGCCAUCAAAUCCCACAGGGAAGUCCUUUGACUCGGAUGCUGCAGGUUUUCAUUUCAGCGUUCCAAAAACGGAAGCUUCGGUUUCCUGUAAAUGAACAAGAUGCGUACCUAAAAGAACAUAACAAGGAAGAGAGGGUUGGCGAAGUACUAACGCAUACCGAAGGAUUUAAAUGGCUAGAUAAGGCUAUCAUCUCCAACAAGAAAGCAGAAGACUCGUACGUUUGCAGCGUCAGCCAGGUGGAGGAGACGAAAAUUAUUUUUCGUAUGAUACCAAUAUUUAUCAGUGUAACAAUUGGAUACAUCCCCAUACGUCUACUCCUGACACUGACAGUUCAACAAGGCAUGACAAUGAACACCAAAUUGGGGUUUAUUCACAUUCCUCCUGCAUCUCUUGUGGUGAUUCCCACGAUUUUCCAGAUGGUGAUCCUAGUUGCUUACGAUCAGUUUUUUGUUCCAUUCGCACGUAGGAUCACAAGGUGCCCAAGUGGUAUAACUCCCUUGCAGCGUGCGGGUGUUGGUUUUAUGGCAUCCGCAUUAGCAUCAUGUAUUGGUGCAUUGAUUGAGGGAAAAAGGAAACAAAUUGCAGGAAGGAAUGGUCUAAUGGAUUCUGGCGAACCUAUACCAAUGUCAGUGAUGUGGUUGCUAAUACAGUUCAUUGUUAUAUGCAUCAACGACGUGUUUACGCCUGUUGGAUUGUUACAGUUCUUCAACACAGAAGUGUCAAGAGGGAUGAAAUCACUAGGUACUGCAAUUUUUUGGUGUGUUUUGGGAUUAUCGUCGUUGAUGGGUUCUGCUCUAAUAACCUUAGUUAACAGAAUUACGAAAAAUGGAGACAUUGGAUGGUUGGAAGGAAAUAACUUAAAUCGGAAUUACCUCGAUCUGUUUUAUUGGUUGCUUUCUAUACUUGCCUUAUUCUCAUUCUUCAACUACUUGUACUGGGCUAGGAGAUAUGAGUAUAGACGACAUAAUCCUACUCCUAGCUAG